CUGGAAUUGUGGGUUAUUUCGAGCACACAACACAUAUGGCGGCACACCUGCUUUGGCGAUGGGUCACGCUUCUGCUGCUUCUUCCAUUCCGCAUUAACGCGCUGCACAGGCUUCAGUGGCGAACAAGGGAUGACUGAAGGGGGGCGGCCGAAGACGGAUCCGUCGCUGAAGAAGGCGAGGGAAAAGGCCAAGAUGCAGCGCUAUCGUAAGCGCCAAGCCGACUUGUACACGCAGCUGAACGUGGAGGCGUUCCACUUGGAGUCUCAAGUUAUGCACCACGCAAAUGCCGUCGCCCAGCGGCGCGUCCUGCGUCUGUCGGCAGUGUCGUCACUUCUACCGUGGAAGGAAGUGUUGGCGGCGAUUCGAGAUGACAUGGACGAACUGACGACGGCCAACGACGCAUUGAGGGCCCGCUCGCAGGCUGUGGAGAGGCUAGCCAAGGCCAUGCAACGAUGGGUGCACAACGCGCAGUACUUUCCAUCCCCAUCGUCAUUGUCGUCGUCCCUGCACGCAUCUGGAACGCUAUGUCGAACGCCGUGGCGCCACGUCACGCUGGACGCCGCCCCGGCCACGAGAACGCUCGGGUUUGACUGGAUCACGAAGAACCUGUGCCACAACCACGAGCUGGUGUUCCAGCAGUGUCAUUUCCCGCCCAUCACGUCGCCGGACCGCGUGGCCGACUUUGGCGUCGACACGACCGACGGCAUGGAGCGGUUGCAGUAUAUUUGGCGGAUUCAAGAUGACGUGGCAGUCCCACUGAGCACAGUUCGGGAUGCAUUUGCCAGACCCCACUUUUUGUCCCAAGUGCUGGGCAAACACUUGACCAAUACGAGCAGCGUCAGUCCACACAUUUCCGCUGCCAUGCAAGCUGAUGAACACCUUUUAAGUGAUUUUGGAGGCCACGCGUGCUACUUUCAUAGCCAGUGGGGGGCGACUUCGUGGGUGCAUUUUCUCACGCGGGAGUUCCACCUAAGCGACGACCGGUGCCUCUUUGUAGCGCAGUGUAUCCACGAGGACCCGCUGAUGCCUGCGUCGCCGUACUCGCGCCAUCGCAUGAUCUGGUUUGCAUUGGAUGAAAUCACACCAGACACGACCAAGAUACGCAUGUUGUGUGUGAACGGGCGGUGCUUUAACAUGAACAGCGGCCCGGUGCCUUUGGAGGACGAAGCGGCGCGAUGGGGGGUUGACGUGGGUACGAGAGCCGGCGGGAUGGCGACUUUGCCUGCAGAAGACGACGUGGGGGACAAGGAAGCGUGGAUUCUCCAGCGCAUCACGCAGGUGGCGUUGAAAAAUGUGACAUCGUUCCAGCGAGAUCUAUGUGCCAUGCUCGCCACUCACUCGGCCCUUAGUUAGAAGAAACGAGAUAACUUUAAGGGGUUUUAAGCCAAG